AUGGAAGCUGACGCACCUGCCAGCGGAUCUUGGGGUUCUUCGUUUGAUGACUACCGAGUUCGUGAAGGGAAACGUUCAAAAGAAGCAUGUACAGCACCUAACGCAAAGCGACAGAAGGUCGCACGCCAUCAUCCACUGCCGUUACUGAACGAAGCAGGAGAAUUCCAUCAGUUCAUUGAAGAUUUAGCCAAUGACGAGAAUUUCGUGAAUGGAAUAACAAGCCCCCAUCUUCUUGAGGAAGGCGAAGACGGCGCACCGUUAGAUGCUGAGAACACUUCUAAAGAGCCAACAGUGCCACCACUGAAGACCAUGAAAAUCACAGACAUCGAGACUUUAAUCAAAGAAAUCGAAAACACGUGCGGUCCCCCACCAACAAUAGACAGUUUACCACAGUCUUUACAGGAAAAGAUUCAACAGCAUGAUGGCUGGUUUUUAUCAAUCUUCGAGCGCAUCUUCGACGCAUCAGGUUCAACUACAAAUCCAAAGUCUCCUAAAUCACUGUUUACCGGUGUCAUGCUAGAUUGGAUGAAAUCCAACUCAGAUGAGAAAAUACGUAACGCCUUACUGUCUUUCCUGUUACACCCUCACGUCAGAUCCUUUAGUUGCAGGGCCGCAUUGGGCCAUCGCGAUGUGCGAUCGCUGUUUCAUAUUCUGGAAAGUCACACACUGGUGCCGGAUGGAAAAGGAAUUCUCAAUAUGAUUGGGAUAUACUUUCUUCAUGGUGUACCCGAGGAUAGCGACACUGCAGACCUUUCAGAGCACAGUGGCUAUUGUGGACAGGCCAUGUCCAUGAGACCCGACGGGAAUGGGUCAGUCGGCAUACGACAACGCGCAGCGGGACAUUGGACCAAGAUUUCAAAAACGAAAUCAAGCUCUGAAAAGAUCAAAGGAUCGUUGCAUGCGCAUGAUCGAUUGGCGCAUGCUGGGAUUGCGAAAGUGGAAAUUUCAGUCCUCACAGUCUUCCCGUUCCCACGAAUAGAAAUGGGCGACACGAUUAAGCACCUCUAUUUCAUUGCUGCAUUUCUAGUGGAGAAACUUCGUGACUACCGUAUCACUAAAAUCAUAGAGGAUGUCAAAUCUGCAUACGAUAUGCUUAUGGCCGACUCUACCUCAGGUCUCCUUUCAUGCUGCGCGAGUAAAUGGCGAUUUAUUUGGUCCACUGCCUACGAAAUCAAAUGCCACUUGCUCCUAAAGGGCCUCGUACAAGAUCCGCAGGACGACAAUGAUCUUUAUUACCAUAUCCCUGCCCUGGAAAAUGGGCUGGAGACAUCAUGGCAUAUACGCGAGCUCCUUAGACGUACGGGGUUUGUGGAAGCAGAUCCGCGUCUCUUUAAUCGAGUUUUUUUUUUCGAUUUCACUUGUCGCGUUUACUGCAAAGAGAUGUUUGGGAAGGUAUUCACGAAGUGGCGCCUGAGCGGCUGA